ACACAUUGCACUCGUCCAUCGUCGAGGGCGGCGCGUGGAGAGGGAUGGAUGCCUGUCUGGAGCCAGCGCUUUUCCGCAUCUUGCUCCGCAGGACAUUUUAGUACGUCUUCUGCAAGUUGGUCCGAGAUGAAUUGCGUGUAGUUUGCGUCUAGGAUUGUUUCGUGAUUGUCUUUGGUGACGGCGAAAGCGUACUCGUUCGCCCGCCCAAUAUCAAGGAGAUCUAAGAGUUAAUUAGCAGUUAGUAAUUCUCAUCUUCCAAAGACUCAUGCUUUAGGUAGCGAACUAGGGAAUAUUUUGGCUGCACAGUAUGACUGCUGUUUGUUGGCAACUUUUGCAACAUUGUUUGCAUCUCCUUACCCUUUUCAGCCUCUCCAUGAAAUUCUGCUAAUAUUUUUAUGCGUUGACAGUGACAUCUACAUAAUGGGAGAUGGUGCGUGCUGGGCCGACCCCCUAUGUACAGGGGUCACUCUCGGGCCCUUUCCAUACAAAGUAGACCAAGAACAGAAGACAAAUAGACAUAUCAUUCGUUUUUGUGACACCUUCUUCCAAUUUAGGACAGAGAAAAGUAUGCCCUGGACAGCCCUGGGUCUUUCCGGCCUCCAAUUAGACACUUUCAAGGGUUUGCAGUUGCUGGCUGCGCUACCUAUGGUGACUAUCAUUCACGAGCUAGCACAUGUUAGAGACCUUUCAUCUCAAAACUUUGAAUACCCUACCAAUGGGCUGCCAGAGGGACGUAAAGUGGCCAUCAGCUUGCUUGAAGGUGUCGAUACACAUGGCAGCGAAGAACAAGACGGAUUAUUCACCGAGGAACCAAAUCGCAACUCGCUGGUCGGUCCCCGGCUAAAACUUUGGCAACGUACCGUCAUGAAUCCAGACUCGUAUGGUAACUUUGCUCUGAUGUACAGACUGAGAAGGAAACAAUGGAAAGCUAAACUGGAAAAGAUCCAAGGAGUUGACACAAUUGUAUUCGAAAAAGGACACUAA